UUUUAUUAUUUUUCUUAUUGCGUUUCAAAACCAUAACCAGAAAUCCAUAUUUUGCCCCCAAUAAAACAACAACAAGAAAAUCAUUCGAGCAAAAAAGAACAUUAAUUGUUGAUCAAAUCAAAUCAAUCAAUAAAAAAAAGAAAGAAACCAACUCCGGCUCUCAAAUCAUCAUCAAUUGCUGUUGUUGUUCAAACUUUUUCGGUUAUUUGAUUCACGAUCAUUAUUAUUAUCGUCAGACGCGUAUAUAUAUAGUGUGUGUUUUCAGGCCAUAUUUUGUCAAUAUUUUUCUCUCACUCAUUGCUUUUAAUAGACCACCGGGGAACAAGAAUUGAAAACUUUUUUACUACCAGUAAAGAGAGAAAACAUCAUCCAAAAAAGAAAUUCAUCAAUUUUGAAGAACAAGAAACACACACCGAAAUAAACAAAGUGAUUAAUUGUGUUUUUGUUUGAACAGACCCGGCAACUUGUGUGUUUGAUCCAGCAAAAAGAAUAAUUAUUUUGAACAAAGUUGAACAAAAACAUUAUGCAACAACAACAAUCAAAACGACGAUUCAUCAUUUAUUUGAUAAUUAAUAAUUCGAAUAAAAUGGAACAACAACGACCAAUUGGCUUGAUACAAUCAAGUGAAAUUAUUGGUAGUUGUAAUUUGGGUCGUAGUAGGAAUAUGGCUGCAUCAAAUAAUAAUAAAUUGAAUGAUUAUCGUUUAGAAAUUAAACCAUUUGAUGAACACCAUCCAACUGGAGCUGAACUUCAACAAAUGAUUUACCAGAAUGAUUUUAAUAUAAUUCAUUUUGAAUCAAAGGAUGCUGAUCGAAAUCUUCUGGAAUUAUCAAUGGAUAAUGAUGUUGGACAUCAUUUUCAUUGGCUACUACGAUCACCAUGUAUGAUGCUAGUCAAUUCAAUAAUACGGUUACAAUUAGAUCUGGGUCAUGGACCAGUUGCACCAGUUCCCGAAAGUAAUGUUAUUAAAGGAAUGGAAGAAAUUUUCUUGGAAAAUGAUGCUCAAUUAUGUUUUGAUAGUUCUUCAUUUCAAAAUCAAAAAUUUGGUGGUGGUGGUGCCAUCAAUCUUUUUACAAAAAGUAAUUUAAUUAAACAAAUAGUAAAGGUUGAUGAUCAACGUCGACCACAAAUUGCCUCGAUAUUUUAUUGUAACAAUUCUCCGACAACAACAACUGAUGCUGUUCCAGGUUCAAAUAUUCAAAAUGCUGGUGGCAGUAAUGAAGUGAAUAAACGUCGGCCAACAUUACAAUCGGUAACAAGUCGUUCAAAAAAUGAACCCGAUUAUGUCAUCUAUUAUGGUGAUAAAAAUCGUAUCAAACCAGUAGCGAUUAUUUGUGGACAAAUUCAACAAUUAUUACCAAAUGAAUUAUUAUCGAUGACUACAACAGAAUUUGAUCCAGGUGAACUUCUUCAAAUGCCUGAAACAAAAUUAGAAUUACGUAAUGAUCUAACAAAUGAAAUAAAUCGAAAAGAUUGGUAUUACCUUUGUAAACAUUCAUCAUUAGUACGUGUACAAUUUUUAUCGAUUGCUUAUGUUCAUAGUUUACAACCGACGAAAUGUUAUUUUAAAUCAUUGAUAAUACCAUCAAGAAGAUUUUCAAUUGUAAUUGCCGGAUUUGUUGGUAUUAUUGGCCAUCGUAAACCAAUGGAUCCGAUGGAUUUAUUUAAUGCAUCGAAAAUACUUUCCGGUGGUACUAGAGAUCAUGUAGUUGAAAUCGUUGUGGAUGAAGAAUGCUUAGUUUAUAUUGGUGAUCAUUUUAUGUUCAUUAUGGCUAAACAACCACGUGAUCCAAAUGAUAAUAAUUUAUUGAAAAUGAGAUUUAAAAGUAAAUCAAAUUAAAAAAAAAAAUUAAGUUACGAUUUCCGAAACUUUUCUCUUGAAAAAAGAAGACAGCCAAAACAGAAAAAAAUCAAAUGAAAAUGAUGAAAAUCAGAAACCACACAUACCAGUGAAGAGGAAAACCAAAGGAA